AUGUUGUAUGAUGAUUUCUAUGUAAAGGACAGUAAAUCUAAUUUUAUCAAUGAAUGUAAUGCUUUGGAUAAUCAUGAAAAAACUCAUAAGGGCGUGAAGGAACUUUGCAUGAAGCUUGUAAGUUCUUUGGAUAAACUAUCCAAAAUGGAAACGAUAUCACAAGAACGUAAGGAUCGUUGUGAUUAUUUAUCUUAUUGGUUAUAUGAUGAAAUAGGUAAAAUAUAUAAUGUUCACUCGUCUAAAAUAAAUACGGUGCAGUUUGUUAAAGAUCUUAUUGGUGUCGGAAAUGAGGUCAAUAAAAAAAAUAUUAAAAAUAACACGUGCACCAUAAAAACUGAUAGUUCUAUUAGUUUAGAUGAAUGGAAAAAAAGGAAAUAUUUUUAUAUUUAUUUUAAAAAACAUAAUGAGCUUAGCAGUGAUGUUAAUCGAUCGAAUAACUAUAAAUGUAGUAAGCAUAAUAAAUAUCUUAAAAGUAUUGAUUCAUUAUAUAAAACGUAUUAUAAGGCUACAUGUACUGGAUGGUUCUUUGGUGGUAAUACUGAUUACUUUAAGUGUGAUACAAAUUUAAAUCCAAAUGUACUCUUGCCUAAAGUUGAAAAAUGUCAAGUAUCUCGUAGUAGUAGUGGUGGUGGAGGUGGUUUUUUUGGGAGUUGGUUCGGUUUGUCCAGUUCACGUGGAUCAACCGCAAGUCAAGCAGGUGUAACACGUCAAACGCAGGCAAGUGCUAGUGCUGGAAAAGCUGGACCACAAGCACAGGAAACACGUGCAGGAAACGUCGGAUCCACACAAGAUGCGAAAUUAGCAGCUGUACCAAGAGAAAGUAAAGCAACCCCAAUAAAUAUGGAACGUCAGCCCAUACCAGAAAAACUAACUGGACCCUCUAUUGAACAAAAUCAACAAGUUCAACUACAGCAUGUGCCUAAUAGUUAUACUGGACUUGAUACAUUACCUGAUGGUAGUUCUGGCUCCUCUGAUUUUCUUAAAAGCACACAUGAAAUAUUGAAAUCAGAGUAUUUUCGACAUGCAGUCGUGGGGGCUUCAAUAAUUGGAGUAGUUAUCUUCCUCUUCUAUUUCUUUAAAUCAACACCGAUAAGGUCUCAAACAAGUAGAAGGGAUAAGAAGAAAAGAGAACUUGAGAAUAAUUACUACGAUGAAUAUGAAGAAGAAUUACCAAGAUAUGGAUCACAGCAGUCAUUCGCAGAGUCGCAAAUGAGCGAAGCAUAUUUGCCAUAUCAGCCUAGGCGUGAUUCGUAUUAUUAA